GUUCAGAAGGAAAACAUGGAAGAAAACUGGGGGGUGCAUUUCACUUUUUAGUCUCCUAAUUAAAUAAUUAAAAAUAAAACAGUAAUCAAUUUAUAUUUUCAAAAAACUUUAACAUUCAACUCAACACAUAAUUAUGUCGUUAUCAAUAUAUCUCGAUCAUAAGACUUUUUUUCCCGACGGCACCUGAAGGCACCGUGUGAGUCUUCCUUUUGAAACGGAAGCGGCAACACACCCGUCUCCUCUCCGGCUCUCCUCCUCUCUUUCCGGGGUAAGAAAUGGCGCCCAAGACCGCGACGAGGGCCAUAAAGGAUGCGCUGGAGGACCUGUCGAAGCGGGACUUUGAGCGGUUCGUCCACGCGCUGCAGGACCGCCGCGAGGCGCCGCGCGUGCGGCGCAACGCGGCGGAGGCGGCGGACCGCCUGGAGUUGGGCGACCUGCUGGUGCAGACGUUCACGGAGGCCGGAGCUCCGGGGGUCGCGGAGGAGCUGUUGAGAGGGAUCGACUGCCACGAGGCCGCAAACACGCUCGCUGCAGAGACCAGUGGAGCGUCCUCCAAACCCGCCUCCAGUGACACUCCGAGACCCUCAGCCGGAGCGCCAGGUGUGACCGCCAUGGCUGGAGAGAAGAGCUCAGGGGAGCAGUUUGUGGACGAGCAUCGAGUCCAGCUGAUCGACAGGGUGAUCGACGUCGGACCGGUUCUGGACGGACUCCUGGACAAAGGAGUCGUCUCGCAGGGGAUUUACGAUGACAUCAUGGCCAAAGCGACCAGCGGGGCUCAGAUGAGGCAGCUCUACUCGGGCGCCCUGCACGCUGCUGGACGUGAAGGCAAAGAAGUCUUCUACCAACUCCUUGAGAAGCAUGAGCCAUAUCUCAUGAAGGACCUCAAGAGGAACAAGUGAAUGUUGCCUUGGAAUUCAUUUUGAGACCCAAUAUGUGAACUGGGUCCAUUUGUCUGAAUACAAUAACUACGGUGGGGGGUUCAUGUUAACUCUAUGUCUUUCUUUGUGUUCAUACACAUGUUUCACCUUCAAUAUACAUUCAAGUUAGCUGGAUUUUAUAUUUAGGGAGGAGCCUCUUCUGCCUCAUGGUGGGAGGAGUUUAUCUUUGAGGCUCAAAACCAGAUCAGACAAUUAUGUAAAAAAACAAAAUACGUUUUUUAUCCAACAAAUGGACUGAAAGUUGGUUUUAUCCUGAUGAUUUUAAUAUGAAUUCAAACAUCAUGAAUGAUUAUCUAGAUUUGCACGUGAAGCCGGUUUAACCUUUCAUUUCUCUAAAGUGUGCGAUGACGCACGACUCGCGUUCGGCCCCAGAACGUUUUCUACUUGUAAAUGCAUAUAAAUUCAUAAUAAAGUAUUAUGAUUACC